AUGGCCUCUCGCACUUCUCCCGCGCGCAGCGAGCAUGCGUCCAUGUACGGCAACCAGUGGUCGAACCCCGCACCGACCCAGCAGCACGCCUCGAACUACUACGAGAACUACGAUGCGCGAUACGCGCCUCAGCAACAUUACAACUACACGGCGCGUUCGUCGCCCGCUCUUCCCGGGGAAUCGACCUCUCGCAAACUACCCCCACUUAGCGCCUCGCCUUCUGGAGACCGGUGGCAGUCCGGUGGCGUUGGCGGUGGCGCAUAUGGGUCUGUGCCAGCCCAGAUGCAGACUUACGGCGGGGCUCAGGCCCCCAACUUUCCCAUUGAUUAUUCGUAUCACCAGCAGUCACAGUACGGCUACCCGACCGUACCCCAACAGCAGCAGAUCCCCAUGAACGUCUAUGCACCCGAGCGCGGUAUGCCCGGGCAGGUGGAGUCGCACGGUCCUUCACCCUAUGCGCGGACUCUCCCCGCUACACACGACACACCCGCAGUUCCCUCCGAGGAAGCCUCCAUCAAGAAGAAGCGCAAGCGCGCUGAUGCCACCCAACUGAAAGUCCUCAACGAGGUCUACGCACGCACUGCUUUCCCUUCAACCGAAGAGCGGGCCGAUCUUGCUCGUAAACUUGACAUGUCCGCUCGUAGCGUGCAAAUAUGGUUCCAGAACAAGAGGCAGUCGAUGAGGCAAACCAGCCGCCAGUCAUCCUCCAACCUGCCGUCAGGCUCACAUCAAUCUUUCUCUCUGCCAUCCCCUCACGAGGACCCUCGGGCCGCCGUGGGAUCGUAUGGAACCACAGGACAGAACAACCUUUCGAAUCAGACCUACCUGCGCGGCGCGGCCGACUCGCGCGGUAUCCCCAGCGGCCAGACUACAAAACGUAGAAGUGAAGAGGCCGAAGGUCGCAAGUGGCAGGGACACUAUUGAUUAACGCCGAUCGUCAAUCGUAAACUAAAGUUUCAGAUUAAGAUCAUUUCUGCCAU